UGCUGUGCUUGGAUAAUUCAACCAAGACCACCAAGGAGCCCUAAUCAUGGCCAAAGAAUUCCGUAACCAUGCAUUCUGGAGGGGUGUGAUGGCCGAGCUGAUAGGCAUGACUUUAUUUGUCUUCAUUAGCAUAACAGCAGCUCUUGGUUCAGGAUCCAAUGGUGCUGACCAAGAAGUGAAGGUGUCGCUAGCCUUUGGGCUAGCUAUUGCUACUUUGGCACAAAGUUUGGGUCACAUUAGUGGGGCUCACCUGAACCCAGCAGUGACUCUAGGGCUGCUUACAAGCUGCCAGAUCAGUGUAUUCAGGGCUGUAGUGUACAUAAUUGUUCAGGUCCUGGGUGCAACAGUGGCCAGUGGAAUUGUCUAUGGACUCCAACCAAAAAACAAUACCACUAGCCUUGGUUUGAACAAGUUAACCAACACAAGUCCUGGCCAGGCUGUAUUUAUUGAGCUUCUUGUCACCUUCCAACUGGUCCUCUGUGUCAUAGCAACCACAGACAAGAAAAGGAGUGAUGUCUCUGGUUCUGCACCCUUGGCCAUUGGACUGUCGGUUGCUCUUGGACACCUUGGGGCUAUUAGCUACACUGGCUGUGGAAUGAACCCUGCCCGGUCCUUUGGCCCAUCUGCUGUAAUGUGGGAGUUCAAAGAUCAUUGGGUUUUCUGGGUGGGACCCAUGGUUGGCGGUGUCGCCGCUGCACUUGUUUAUGACUUCAUCCUGUAUCCCAAACCUGAUGAUCUGCCGGAUCGAUUGAAAGUGCUGGUUAAUGGUCAGGCUGGAGAAUACGAUGUCAGCUCACCUGAAGACAACAGAGUGGAAAUGACAUCAAAAUAAGCAGAAGAUGAUGUAACACAUGCUUUAUUUAUACAGCUGCUCUAGAGCUAUACUGAUCCAUGCAACAAAAUGAUACUGGAAGUUUACAGAAAAUUACACAUUUUCUGCUUCCCAGUAUUGUUUAUUUUUAAAUCUAAAAGGCUUCAUGGUAUUUUAACAGUAUUAUGCAAUAGUUUUAGUGAUGUUAUGAUAUUUUUAUUUUUAAAAUAGUCCUGUAAAACAAUUUAUGUUAAGAUUUUUGUACAAAUGUUUUUAUAUGAUAAGAUCACUUUAAAUAUAUGAGUACUAUACUACUAGUAUGUAGUCACUUUGAUUAUAUAUAUAUAUAUAUAUAUAUAUAUAUAUAUAUAUAUAUAUAUAUAUAUAUAUAUAUGUAUAUAUAUAUUUUUUUCCCUGUGAAAACAAGAUACCCGCCAAGAUUAGAUGGGGGCCUGACCAGUAUUAGCCAACUGUUACUGUUUUUUAAGCCACAUUUAUUAUAUACAAAAUUGAAAUGCCACCGUUAUAUAGAAGAAGAAUUUAGAAAAUAAUUUAGAAGUGACGAAUGUAUGGAUGCGUCUACACCACCCGAGCGAGCGGCCAGGCUGGGUGAAGUGAGCGACACCGGAUUAGAACUGUGUUCUAUUUUCGCGGUAUCCUGUGCUCUACGAUUGUUCAUUAAAUUCAUACAAACACAACAGUAAAAAGGACAAUUAUAUAUAUAUAUAUAUACAUACAUACAUACAUACAUACAUACAUACAUACAUACAUACAUACAUACAUACAUACAUACAUACAUACACUAGUAUGUCUGGUGAGUGAAUUUAAUGAAUAUACUGGGGUAAGGGGGCUUUUACUCUGGAAAAAUAAAGCCUACUAUAAUUGUUUUUUAAAUGCCCUUCGUGUGGUGCUCGUGUGCGCUUUUCUCUUUUUUUCACAAACUGGUUAAAACAGAAAUGACAGGCUUGCUGUUGAUUUUCACGUCUUCCUCUGUGGGUCUAAUAUUAUGCCAUGGCUUCCUUUUGGUAAUCUGAACCGCAGCUACCAUAAAAAUAAAUAAAUACAUACACAGGAGAAGUACAGCACUGCAUCUGUCAGUCCAUGUUUGUAUCAGCUGUCAAAAACAAAUAUGAGAAAUAUAUACGGACAGGGUCUUGUGAAAGUUUCUGGACUUAAAACGUUCAUCUUUGAUAUAGAUACAAAAUUUGCUCCAGUCGCUCGGCUCCAGUGUAGACAUUUCAUUUGUUUACUUUAAUGUUUGAUAUGUGUAUUUUUAUGGUUCUUUUUACCUAAUGCUAUUAUCUCUGAUAUUGAAAAAAACAUCCUUUCACCUGGACUACAGGUUUGAUAAGUUCUUUAUUUGCUUCAAUUAUGAAUAAAUGGUAUGUCGAAAUCAAGACACACAAAAUAUGAUAUCCUAAAUUACCCUCAA